AUGACCCAAAACACAGUGACGGUGAAUGGAGUCCACGUGGCCUCUGCAUUGUCCCUGCAGACCGACGUCCACAUCCGCAUCCACCAGGAGUCAGUUUUGACACAACUCCUGAAGCAAUUUCCUUCUUGCCCUUGGGACACUGGCCCUUCCAAGGCCAGGAUAAACUAUGAGCAGCUGGCUGUAGGGGUGACCCAGCUAUUGCUGGGGGUUGUGAGCUGUGCUCUUGGAGUAUGUCUCUACUUUGGGCCCUGGACUGAGCUUUGUGGCUCUGGAUGUGCCUUCUGGGUAGGAUCUGUGGGCUCUGUCUUUGGGCUGUUCACCCUGGCUGGCAUUGCUACAGCUACAGCUGCUGUUGUCCUCUGUGUGAACAGCUUGAUUCAGCAAAAUGAUCGCUUCUACAUGGAGAUCCAGUCUGUGUGUGAUCACCCACAUCCUGUCACCACAACCAUUGGGUAUCCAUGGGAUUUGUUCCUAGGAUUCUGUGCCCUGCUCCUGGCUGUCUGUAUCCUGGAGGUCCUUGUGUCCUUGGUUUCCCUGCGAAUGAGUCUUCAAAGCUUGUACAGCCAGAGCUUCCAACCUUUGGAUAAAGAAGGGUCUGAGAAGAAGCUACUGGGGGAGAAUUUAGUGCCUCCCUCCCCAUUCAAAGAGAAGACCCUGGCUAUCAUUAUCCUGUGAGCUGCCAAAGGCCUUGCUUGAAGUUCAUCGUGUCGUGUCCUGAGCAGCCCA